UUCAUUUAAUUAAUAAUUAUGCUAUGUAAUAUAAUUGCGAUGGCAAUUAAAGUUGAUGAAGAGAUUUCUAAUUUAAUUUAACAUAAAAUGCGUAAUCUCAAGCUGCGAUAUUGCAAGGAGUUGGCUACAGAGGUGACGCAAGCUAAGCAACUCCUUCUGCAGCCAGAAAAUAGUCGCGAUGGCGCCGAAAUCACUUACCUAGUCACCGACUGUCGGAUUUACUUAUGGAACGAUGCCGAAAUAGCGCCGAAAGUAAUUGCCGAGUUACCCGACAUUGUGAGCGCGGAAUAUUUGCAGCUGGACAACAGCAUUUGUGUAGCCACCGGAGCGGGCGAAGUGAUGCUCAUAAAUACCGAUAAUUAUGCCGCAGUCGAGGGAACCUUUUGUGAUGUGGGAAUUGAGAGCAUGGCUUGGUCUCCCAAUCAGGAGGUUGUGGCCUUUAUAACCAAAACAUAUAAAGUUGUGGUGAUGACCUGCACUUAUGAAGUAAUAGGCGAAGAGCCGCUGGAAGCGGAACUGACAAGUGAUCAGCAAUUUGUUAAUGUUGGCUGGGGAAAGAAAGAAACGCAGUUUCACGGGAAAGCGGGCAAAGAAGCUGCAAAGCAACCACAUGAUUUCCAAGCGCCCCAAAAUAUGGAGGAGUUGCCGCAGGAUGUGCAUAUAUCGUGGCGCGGCGAUGGCGCCUUUUUUACAGUGUCCUUCGUGUCAGCCAGUCAAGGUCGUACAUUUAAGGUCUACGAUUGCGAAGGAAAGCUGCAGCACUCGGCCGAAAAGUGCAAUGCGCUUCAGCCAGUAAUUGCCUGGAGGCCUGUCGGCAAUUGGAUUGCGCUGCCUCAGCUCUUUCCCAACAAGUCCACGGUGGCGCUAUUUGAGAAGAAUGGUCUGCGGCAUCGCGAUUUCACGCUCCCCUUUGAUCUGCAGCAGGAACCAAUUCAGCAGAUGCGGUGGAGUGCUGACUCUGACAUUUUGGCUCUGCAAACUAAAACACCGGAGGCCCAACGCAUAUAUCUCUAUACAAUAGGCAACUAUCAUUGGUAUUUGAAACAGGUGUUGACAUAUGAGCCCGACGACCCACUUGUUCUGCUGCAGUGGGACACACGUCUAGGCGCAGAGCACACUCUACACGUGAUAUUGGCCAGUGGAAAGCAGCUCAUCCAUCGUUGGCAAUUUGCUGUCGAUCGUUACGAGCGCAGUGGAGUUGUAGGCGUCAUAGACGGCAAGAAACUACUGUUAACAGACUUCGCAAAGGCCGUGGUGCCGCCGCCUAUGUGCCAGCGUGCUUUGGAGUUGGACAACUACAUAAAUGCCUUUACUUGGUAUGAGGCCAGUCUUUGUGUGUACACUUGCGAUCGCCAGCUUCACUUGUUCUACGAGCCCAUGCAGGGCCUGAAUAGGGAGCCCUUGCCUGUGCUACUCACACCUGAUCCGGAACUGUCGCAAAUCCAGUUGUCCAACUUAACAUAUUUCAAUUGUGACUAUCUACUGGCCACUCACAGUGUAGGCAACAGUACGCGAUUGCUGCUGCUCAACAAAGAAGCCGACCCCGAAGAGGAUGACGAAAAUCCAGCCUGUUAUAAAGUUCAGAGUUCGCUGCGCAUUAGUGGCACAGUCAACGCUCUAACAGUAGGCGCCAAUGCUAUGGAUGAAUUUUUUGUGCAGACGUACAACAAUGCCCACACCUAUCAGGUAUCCUUAAAACCAGAUAAUACUUUAAAAGUGGAGCGCAGUUAUGUGCAGUUAUCGCAGCCAGCAGAUCAAAUCGAAUGGUACACACUGACUAGUGAUUCAACAGGUGGACUCAUCACACUGCGUUCGCAGCAAUCGCUGCAUAUAGAUGGCCAACGCAUCAACGAGGAUGUUACCUCCUUUUGUCUGGCUGGCAAUUACUUGGCCUACACACAGCUCAAUUCACUGCACUUUGUGCGCCUCCGCGACAAGCGACAUGUAUCCUCGCGGAAUAUUGAGCGAGGUGCCAAACUGGUCACUACGGUAGCCAAUGAGGCGCGAGUGGUGCUUCAGCUCCCACGUGGCAAUCUGGAAGCCAUUUGUCCUCGUGUUCUUACCUUAGAACUAGUUGGCGCCCUUUUACAACAGAAAAAAUACCAGGCAGCAAUGGAAAUGUUGCGAAAGCAGCGCAUUAAUCUCAAUAUUAUAUGCGAUCACAAUGUUGAGCAGUUUGUGGCUUCUGUGGACAUCUUUCUGCGCGAGAUUAAGCAGACCCAGUGGCUAUGUCUGUUCUUGAGUGAGCUGCAGAACGAGGACUUUUCCAAGGGAAUGUAUGCCAGCAAUUAUGAAGCUGAAAAACAGAAAUAUCCAGCCAACUACAGCGUAGAGCGUAAGGUGGAAUUUAUAUGUCAGCUACUUUGUGAGCGCAUGGAGCUCGCUACACAACCGGAACAAGAGGCGCACUUCCGACUGCCGAUCAUCACGGCUUAUGUGAAGUUGGGCCAGCUGGAGCGGGCCCUGAUGCUUAUUUGGCGGAAAAGGCAACAGGAGGCGGGUGAUGAAAAUAUAAACGAUGCAGCGGCUGAAGAGCUACUUAAGUAUCUGCUUUAUCUGGUGGAUGUGAACGACCUUUACAAUGUGGCAUUGGGCACCUACGACUUUGGCCUAGUUCUUUUUGUUGCCCAGAAAUCUCAAAAAGAUCCCAAAGAAUUUCUACCCUAUCUCAAUGAGCUGAAGUCUCUGGAAUCGAACUAUCGCAAGUUCAGGAUUGACGAGCAUCUGAAACGUUACAAUAAGGCGUUGACGCACUUGGCUGCCUGUGGCGAAACGCAUUAUGAAGAGUCGCUCCUAUUUAUUAAACGCCAUGCGCUAUAUUCCCAUGCUUUGGAAUGCUAUAAGGAACAGGUUGAGUUCUAUCGACAAAUCUGCGUAGCCUACGCGGACCAUUUGCGUUCCAACGCGCGACUGGAUAAUGCUAGCAUUAUGUAUGAGCGUGGUGGGCAACUAACACAGGCGCUGCUGAGUUCCAAACAUAUUCUCGACUGGCGACGUGUUCUAAUGCUCGCACAGCGCACUGGCGAAGAUAUAAAGAGCGUCGCUUUGUCUUUGGUGCCACUGUUGCAAGAGCAAACCAGGCAUUUGGAAGCCCAUGAACUGCUGAAGUCUUAUAGCGAUGAUUCUGUUGCUCAGCUGGAGGUGCUAUUGAAUGGCCAUCUCUUCCUCCAUGCCAUUUACGAGGCACGCAUGGUGCAGCCAACCAAGCGUAGCAUCGAAUUACUUGAUGAACAUGUCGAACCGGCUUUAAUAAACUAUGCGGAAAAGAUGCAGAGCUCGCUGAUUUUCGAUAAACAGCUCUUUGCGGACUACAAACAACGAUUGCUGGACAUUCGCAAGCGCCAGGCACUGCAUUCGGGCGAUGAAUACCCAGGCGCUCAUAAUGACAUCGAAGAGGUGGAUUUGCUUUCCGAUACAAGCAGCAUGCAUUCCUCACGCUACAGUGGCACCUCGCGCGGCACAGGAAAAACAUUUCGGUCUAGCAAAAAUCGGCGCAAGCACGAACGCAAGCUGCUCAGCCUAAAGCCGGGCAACCCCUUCGAAGACAUCGCGCUCAUCGAUGCGCUGCACAACCACGUUACGAAAAUUUCACAACAGCAACAACAUGUGCGUGACACAUGCAAAGCGAUGCUGGGACUAGACGGCAAACUGGACGCGCUGGCGGCCUCAUUGCAGCGCGAAUAUCAGGCACUGCUAACAACAAUUGAGGAAUCGCUUGACGAGAUUUGGAUGGCCGAGCUGGUGGGCACUGGUAUGCCACAGCACUUAACAGGCCCCAAUGUCGAUUAUAUGGCAUUGCAAAAGGAACAGCGCUAUGCUUUGAUAAAUCCUAUAAAACGUUUUAAGCCUCAGCUGAAUAUCAUCGAUUGGCAGCACGAGAUUCUGCAGUAGUGUGAACGCGGAUCCUAGACUAAGUUAAGUAAGCUGCAAUUUAUUUAUUAAUUAGUAACACGAUUUCAUGCAUCGAUAUGCCUUCUCCUGGAGUUUUCACUUUUUAAAUACACCCGAAGCAUGCAAAUUUAAAUGCGAUUUUUGAAACCCCUUCUACUUCGCUACUUUCACCGGAUGAAUCCAAUUGAAGCCAGCAAUUAAAGUUGCAUCAAUGUAGCUGUGUAUAAAUACAAAAACAAAUAAAUCAAAUUCAAAAUCGUCUA